AUGAGACUCUGUAUCGAUUAUCGCGCUCUCAAUGCAGUGACACGUCGCAAUGCCCAUCCCUUACCACGAAUUGAUGAAUGUCUCGAACGUCUUGGUGGUGCAAAUGAUUCUUCUCCAGCAUCGACCUCAAGAGUGGUUACCAUCAAGUACGAAUCCGACCUGAAGAUGUUCCAAAAACGGCCUUCAACACAAGAUACGGUGCAUGGCAAUGGAAAGUGCUCCCUUUUGGAUUGA